AUGAGCUUAUUCUUCCUCCUCCUUCUCUUCCUCGGCCACCUGAUCCGCAACUCCUGGGCUGAAGAGAAGCAACUCCUUCCCAAAGCGCAACUAGGACUCAGUAACCGGAAUCGAGGGGGCAGCGGCAGUAGGGGUAGAAACAGCACUUUUUCCUUGAGUCCUUCGUCUUCAUCAUCCUCAUCUGCUUCCUCCUCUUCUUCCCUGGGAAUUAAAGGCAGCGACUCGGAGCGGAGCAGCUUUCAGUGGAGCCCGUCAGGGCGUCGGACUGGCAGUCUCUACUGCAGAGUUGGUAUCGGUUUCCAUCUGCAGAUCCAUCCGGAUGGCAAAGUCAACGGCUCCCACGAAGCCAAUAUGCUAAGUAUUUUGGAAAUAUUUGCUGUGUCUCAGGGGAUUGUAGGAAUACGAGGAGUUUUCAGCAACAAAUUUUUAGCGAUGUCAAAAAAGGGAAAACUCCAUGCAAGUGCCAAGUUUACAGAUGACUGCAAAUUCAAGGAACGAUUUCAAGAAAACAGCUAUAAUACCUAUGCCUCAGCCAUACACAGGACGGAAAAGACUGGAAGAGAAUGGUAUGUGGCAUUGAACAAAAGAGGCAAAGCCAAAAGAGGUUGCAGCCCAAGGGUCAAACCCCAACACAUUUCUACCCAUUUCCUUCCAAGAUUCAAACAGUCAGAGCAGCCAGAACUUUCUUUUACAGUCACUGUUCCAGAAAAGAACAAGAGACCUCCUAACCUGGUCAAACCAAAGGCCCCACUUCCUGCACCUCGAAAGAAGCCAAAUACAGUCAAAUAUAGACUCAAAUUUCGUUUUGGAUAG